AUGUCUGAAGCUACAGUGACCUUGAUCAGUUCUGACAAGCAGAAAUUCCAAGUUUCCAAGAAAGUUGCCGAAAAGUCCGUGUUGAUCAAGAACUUGAUUAGUGAUAUGAAUCAAGAUGAUGAUGACGAUGACGAAGAAGAAAUGAAUAUUCCUGUCCCAAAUGUCAGAGCCGCGGUGUUGCAAAAAGUGAUUGAAUGGGCCGAACACCACAAGGACACCAACUUCCCAGACGUUGAUGACGAAGACACCAGAAAAUCUACCCCAGUUGAUGAAUGGGACAAGAAGUUUUUGGAAGUGGACCAAGAAAUGUUGUACGAGAUCAUUUUGGCCGCUAACUACAUGAACAUUAGACCACUAUUGGAUGCCGGGUGCAAGAUUGUUGCGGAAAUGAUCAGAGGCAAAUCCCCAGAUGAGAUUAGAAAAAUCUUCAACAUUGACAAUGAUUUCACUCCUGAAGAAGAAGCCGCCAUAAAGAGAGAGAAUGAAUGGGCUGAAGACCGUUAA